AUGGCUGGAAAGCGUCGCCGAAAUUCGAACGGAGAAGAUGAGGCGGUCCAUGAUACGACCCAUCCCUCGCGCAAGCGACGUGUCGAAUUUGGUGUUGCCGACGCUAAAUUGGCCGCGCUAUACAACGAUCUGUCGGACGAUGUAAAAGCAACCAGACUGAAGGCCGCUGCAGAAUUGAUUCGUGCCCUUGCAGAUGCGGAUCCCGAAGCCCUGGACAAGUCCUUGACUAGACUGAUCAGAGGUCUCUGCAGUAGUCGUAAAGCCGCGAGAUCUGGAUUUUCAGUGGCUUUGAUUGAAAUCCUGAAGCUGACCACCAAAUCUCCCUCUGCGGAUGUGGAAGGCGUAGACUUGAGUCUUCCCGCAAUAAUCGAGAGAAUCAUUUCGAUUACCCAACCCGAGGAGCAGAGCAACAACAAGGAAAGAAGAGAUCAUCUCACAGGUCGUUGCUUUGGUUUCAAGUCUCUAAUUCAGAGCCAGCUUCUCUUUGCGAAAGGUGUAUCUAUUACUGAAUGGGAAAAGGUUCUUGACCAUAUCUUCAAGCUCGCGACCGAGACCACCUGGCUGCGAAGAGAAUGCGGCGUGACUCUGUAUGAGACAUUGGCCACCUUAACUCAGAUCGAAGACCUCGAUAUUGAAUAUGUCGAUCUACUCAUCCAAAGACUUGAGCCUUUCAAGCUCACAAGGACACCCGAAGGUCUUGCUAUCUGGUUGACCACAUCUGUCCUCUUUCCCGACGCCAAGCUACCCAAGGGAUCAUGGAACCAUAACGACCCUCUAUCGUCAAAGGAGAGAGGUACCGUGGCGAAGAUCCUUCGUGACAAUGGCGCUCAAAGUGAAGAUGGCCCUACUGGUAACAGCACCGGUGCUGCCCAGAGUUCGCCCUCGUUCGCCUGGUCAAUCAUUCUAUCUCACCUCUACAAACGCCACAAGCCCAGCAAGAAGUCUGAGGAGAAGGUGUCUGACUUUGAAAAAUUCUGGCUGGAAGCUGUAGACCAGGGGCUAUUUGCCGCAUCCGCCAGUACGGAGCGCAAGUCCUUAGGACUUCAGGUCGUCUCCAUGGGAAUCUCGACCGCACCCGUUCAGCUGCUUCAUGCUGUUUUCAGCCCAAACGCCAUGCGCUGCAUCAUCAACCAACGUGCCGGACAAGACCGAUACCUCCAUGAAGCAGCGAAGGGUCCACUUUCACAAAUGGUUACCCGCUCAAAGUCUGAUCAGGAAAGCAUUCCAGUGAUGCUGAAGGGUCUGUUAUCAGGCAACGGUGCUGUGGACUUUGACCGUUUGACAAAGUCCAAAACGGCCGAGGACCUCUUCGCUCGCGCAAAGGACGAAAGCGCAAAGGACGCUUUGACACUCUUGCAACAGCUCUCCGCAAAGCCCAAUGCCGAAGAUCAACCGCAGGCUGAUCUGAAGCGCCGCCUCCUAGCCGAUAUGAUGCUGAACAUGGCUCGUAAGCAACAGGCAGAGGAAGGUAAGGAUAAUGAGAGUAUCGCGUCUCUUGUGUUGUCUAUGGUUCCUUUUGGCUAUGCGGACGCUUCUGCUGGUGCUCUCAAGGCAUCUCCUCCGCUUUCCGAAGCAAGCCAAGAGAUGUUCCGCUCGCGCCUCAUGUCUUGUCUCAAUCAUAUUCUCUCUGCACGUAUGGACACCGACUUCGCAAUUCUCGAGAAGGUCGUCGAAGAGGUCAAGACUGUCGAUGCUGCCUCCAAGACCGGUCUGAGAACCAAGGCUGAUGAGGAGAUUGUGAACAAUCUGGAAACGGCACAUAAGACUUUGAAGGCUCUGAAAAAGCUCGAACAGAAGCAGAAGGAAAGUAAGAAGGCACCUCUACGUGCAUUCAAGGCCUUGUACGCCCUGUCCAUCUUGCUCGUCUACAACGGUGAGGCCGACGUCGUUCCUGUCUUGGAAGAUUUGGAGCUGUGCUACCAGUCGUGGAAGAAGAGCGAAGACGCUUCUGUCAUGCUCGUCGAGAUCUUGCUCAGCUUCAUCUCCAAGCCUUCUGCUGUCUAUCGCAAGAUUGCCCAACAGGUGUUUGAAGCCUUCUCUUCCCAGCUUGAUGCCGAAGGAUUGCAAUCAAUGUUGGAUAUUCUCGACAAGUCGGAGAACCUCAGCGGUCAGCAGGAGCUCUUUGAGCAAGCUGAUGAUGCCGAGGAAGGUGGCGAGUCUGGAUCUGACGAAGAUGCUUCCGACGUUGAGAUGCUAGACGGUGAAGGUGCUAGCGAUGUCGAGAUCGACAGCGACGUUGAAGUCGUGGAAGGUUCAGAGAGCGGAUCCUCUGAUGAGGAGGACUCGGAGGACGAAGCCGAAGUCGAUGAAGCCGCCGAUCUCGAAGACUUCGAGAACAAACUUGCCCUUGCAUUGAAAACGACAAAACCUACGGAAGAAGACUCGGACUUUGACGAAUCUGACAUGGACGACGAACAGAUGAUGGCUAUUGAAGGACAUCUCACUACUAUUUUCACUGAGCGUAAGAAGAUCACCAGCAACAAGAAGAAGGACAACAAGGACGCCAAAGAAAACAUUGUCAACUUCAAGAACCGCGUUCUUGAUCUGUUGACCAUCUUUGCCAAACAGGAGCAUUCCAACAAGCUUACUCUUGAUUUGGUUCUGCCGAUGCUCACGCUGAUCCGAACAACCACUAGCAAGCAGAUCUCGGACAAGGCUUUCGGCUUGUUACAACAAUUCUUCGGAACUUGCAACAAGACCAAAAAGUUCCCCGAAGCCGACGACGCAUCCGAAGUUCUUGCCCUGUUGCAUUCCGUCCACGAUGAAAUCCGAGCCAACGCUUCCAAGUUGCACAGCAACGCUUGCAGUCGCUCAAGUCUGUUCCUUGCCAAGAUUUUGAUUAACCUCGACGCCAAACAUUACUCGGAUGUUGCCGACUGCUACAACAACCUCCAGAAAGAAUGGUACAACAACCCGAAGUCGCAAAUCCAACCGAGCGUCUUUACCGAAUGGACCAGCUGGAGCAUUACUACCAAAAAGCACAACAACUGA